UGUAGACGUUUUCUAUAUCAUGUAAUUCUCGUGAUUAUAAUUAGUUGUUUUAAAUCAAUUGGUGUGGGGGUUUUAUGAAACCGUGUAUUUCGAUGUGAAGAAGGUUUUGAUCAGUUGUUGGGAAUUUACACGAAAUGAAGGUGUGGUCCUCUGACACAGGAUUUUCGUCACAAGUCACGGACUGGGCCAGCUAAAGAAAGGGAGUUCAUUGUAUUCUGGUUUCUUGACCACGUUGUCACUAUUCAGGAGGGAACCGUGCAGUAGUGAUGUACUAGCGUUAAAAAAUAACCCACAGGUCUAAUGACAUCGUUCGCGGAAGUUAAUAAGUGUACACGGAGGAGAUCGACGUAGUGGAGGACUGGUGUCCAUUGUCAAUAUACUUCAUGAAAAGGGAUUCUUUUAAUUCUGGAAAUUAUUUGUCCACUAAAGGAGUUAUUUAAAAUCAGGAUCAAACGAUAAUGUGAUAUGACCAAAAUCAGUUCUAUUUUAGUACACCAUUUUGUGACGAUGCUUGUACGGGGAAUCAUUGCGUUGACUAUGCCCGCCUUGGUCCUUCUAAGUGCGAGCGUGUCGGAUGGUGAUGUAAUGUACGUGAAUUCGGUAAAGUACGUGCAGGGAUUUCGUUUACAGACUGGAGUUUUCCGCGUGCUUGCUAACUCCUCUUACAUUGGAUGUGUGAGAGAAUGUUUAUUACGUCAACAUUGCCGAGCAAUUACCUAUUACCGGACGUAUUACAUAUGUCACCUCGGGAGCCAGUCUGGUGUCCUUGAAAGAGUCGACGAUAAUAAGACUCUGUCCAGUCACCCAACGGAUUGGAAUCCACCAAAGAGUAUCGUUGGUAACUGUUCAGAAAAGCCUUGUGCGGUCGGACAAAGAUGUACUGAACUGUCCUCGGGCAGUAUUGUAUGUAUUAAUACUGAAUGUUCAGAUCCGCCGGAAAUUACGUCAUCAACUACGUCCGGUUUACGGCCAAUAGGAAUCACCAUUAGUUACGAGUCCGUUGCCAACUCUUCCUAUUCACCUAUCAUAUCCGGAAAUCCGAAUAUAACAUGUAAGGCUGAUACCACUUGGACAAGUUUGGACUUUACAGUCACACUGUGUCCAUCAAACUUCCAAAUUGUGGGCGGAGCCUAUUGCAUCAUGCUGGUAACCAGCCAAACAAUGACCCCUGCCGACGGUGACCAGUACUGUCAGACAGAGGGCGCUCGCCUCGUCUGGAUGACCAGUGUGGAAAAAUACGACGCAAUCAUAGCAAUUAUUCAAACCGGAAGAUACUUUUUGGCGGGAACGGAUGUGGAUGUUGAAGGCACAUGGAAAUUGCCUAACGGGGAGCUGAUGACGUGGCUACAUAGUAGGGCGGAGGUUAUUGACACUGACAACGAUGACUGUCUGACGUAUGAUCACAGCCUUGGGAAGCUGAGGGACUUACCCUGUAGCUACACGGAAUUCAUCAUAUGUGAAAUUGUAUAGUGCUAAAAUCAGCUGUUCAGCUUACAUCCAAAAACAUGUAUAGGAAAAGAGUUUGAUUUUUAUCAUGCAACGAUAUAUUUUGGGGAUCGUUCCCAGUCCAAAGAGCUUUAAUAGAACAGAAGACUACAGAGGUUCUUUUCUCUCUUUUUUGGUGUGUGUGAUGAGGGCGUGUGCGUUGUUGGGGAGGGUGGACUGAUGGCGGUGUACAGUCAUCCUCUGAAAAUGCCAGAAUAUAUUAUGGGAUAUGACGGGAAUAUCCUUUAUCCAGAAGAUAUUCGUUUUUGAACCGUGCAAUAUUGUGCAUUUCAGCUUAACAGUAUUUGAAAGACGUAAUACAUUCGUUAAACGGACGUCCCAUAUUAAAAAUAAGCAACUGUACUUCAGAAAUAAUAAAAGGAAGGCAUCUUGAUUUAAAGCUAUCUUUAAAACAUCAUUGUGAGAUUGAUACAUAUUUUGUAUCUCACGGUUAGUUUGGCAGUUUGUUAGGGCACAGAAGCAAAUUCUAGCUUCCAUUAUCAAUAAUUCAUAGUUCACAAAAAAACAUAUUUGGAAACAAAAUAACCUGAUUUUGAAAGCAUCCAAUAUAUUCUUCACGUCUAUAUGAAGAGUAUUUCAACUCUAAGCCAAACCAAACCAGAAGCCACUGCUUAUAAAUAUCAUAGAAAUGAUUAUGUGAGUCGACUACGUUGGUAUGUAUAUACUCUGCUGUCAAAACGGUAGAAAGUAUUUACAAUAUCAGAAAUCUGUGAAAUUGUGGUACUGUUUUACAAAUUGGAGGCAAGGAAAACUAUAGUAAAAUGUAUAUUUCAUCGUAGAAAAGAUAGUAAAGCCCCAUGUGACUUUAGAACAUACAGAUCUCUCUAAAAUAAGGAAGCCGGCUUUGCCUUUAAUCACUUUGUAGGUUGGUAUCACGUUCACAUUUACUGUUAUAAAGCUUUGUAACAAAAUGGGCUGCUUGUUAUGUCACAGCUUGUUAAAACGAUACAUAUUUCUUCCUUACUGAUUAUGUGCUACUGUCAGUACAGACUCGAGAUCGCAGGUGCUGCGUUUCAUUGUCUUUUUUAUGAAGACGGCAUCAAGAUUUUAAGAAUCACUAUAGAAAUUCCCUCUAUCUUUUUCAUACACAUAGUAGCCUCCCUUUAGUUUCUUUUGUGAUGUAGCUGUAGAAGGACUGGGCCAGAGACCUAGCACUGAUCCGGUAGCUCAGUUGGUUAGCGCGACAACAUUGUGAUCGGCGGUCCGGGGUUCGAAUUCCAGUCUGACUCCGUUAUCUUUAUUUUCAGUACAUUAUUCAUUGUUGUUAUUUAUUUCGUCUCAAUUAUCUUUUCUACAAAAAGUUUCUUUUCAGAAAUGAUUUACUAAGCCACAUCAUAUGCGGACGUCAAUGGCCUCUUCGGUAGAUGUCGAUCGUAUUGUAAACGCCUCGUGGGCGUGUUAAAAUGGUAGAUUUGUGGCGAUAACUUAGGUAUAUACAAAGUAUCCAUGCAGCGAUUCUGUUUACCUUUACUUCUCAAGACUUACAAUUUAGUAUAUACUCUAUGAGUUCGGUUGCUGUUUGCAAUCUAUAUAAAUUCAUAUAAAUGUCAGCAAAUAUGCAUGGCUUUAAAGCGAUUACAAUGCAAGUUACAUAUAAACAGGAAGGCGGUGAAUGUUAUACACGGGUAUUUAGUCUAUCGCGGAUUUUGUAUAACAUGUAUAGUAUACCCUGGAAACUUUUAUGUGAACAUCGAAGGGCAAUGCGGCUAUCUGUUUGUUUAUAUCAUAAUGUUUUCUGACUCCAUGUGGGAUUGCUAUCACUAUUCAGUCUUUGUAUUUUAAUUGACCAUCUAAGAUUUUAAUCGUCUCCUAUGAGAUGUACUCGGAUACAUCAGAAGGUCUGCUCUCUUCCCGAAGUAUCACCACUGAAAUUCCAGGGAUUACGUCCUCCACAGGCGUUCUUACUACAUACAGCGGAGGGUCGGUAAAAUCACAUUUGAUCAUAUAUUGUUAUUUUCUUUUAUACUGCUGGAUACUUAUCAGUGAUGGAGAAAUGAAAACCUGAUUAGACCAAGGAAAACAAUGUUCACAUUGUGAAACACGAGUUAAAAUUGAUAACAAACAGUGCCAUUUAUAAUACAUGCGUUUUUCGUAUUUAUAUGGCGCACAACGACACAUCAACAAUCCCUUAAACACUCUUAAUUCAGGACAUGUUUACAAACUGCCUAUUAGCACAGAACUGUCGAGGUACUACUUUCAGUAACAGCUUGAUCGACACAAUAUGCUGUCAUCAGACAUAUCACGAAGACCACUUAACCAAGACAUGCGGUUUUCUCUCUCCGGUAAUAAAUACUGAUACGUAGGCGAAUUUCAACCGUGUUUUUAUAUACAUGGUAUAUAUUAUAUCAUAACCAUCAAUAGAAUAUCUGGAAUCAACCGUGUUGGUGUAUUAUUGUAUUCCGUCUCCGUAUCUUGUUUCUAUGUUUUAUUGUUUGACUUCCUGUUCCGGGAAUAAAAUGAAAAGUUGAAGAG